CGGUCCAGGGGGGUGUAUUUUUGUGAUCGUCAUGUUUGUAUGCAGAGUUGGACCUCGAGCCAACAACAACCUUCCCUUCCUCUCCUCAGUUCCAUUGAGCUACCGUUAUUGGUCACCGCUAGCAAGUGUACCGAGAUGGAUUUGUAUCCUCCUCUCUCAAGGCGGGAGGAGACACAAGAUAUAAAGCUGUUGUACAUUCCGCCUUCUUGAUGUCUUGCUCCCCAUCCCGCUCACAGCCUCUCAUUCUUUGUCUUUCUUCUUCAGCCCGCCUGUCAAGAUGCUUUCCACCACCCUCACUGUCCUCGCUCUCGCUGCUGCUGCUGCACAUGCUGCUCCAACUUCAAUCGCUGUUGGCAGCAAGACGUUCUCUGCUCCCGCGGUCCACAACCCAAAUUAUGUUCGCAAUGGCACAGCUGCUUUGUUGAAGGCAUACGCAAAGCAUCACUUGACCCCAACCAAGGAGCUGCCAACCGCCUUCCUGGAAGCCCUUGCCAAGCGUCAAGAUGGUUCUGCUACCGCUGUUCCUUCAGAUGGUGUCGAGUAUCUCGUCUCAACUUCCGUUGGCGGUCAAUCUCUGAACUUGGACUUUGAUACCGGUUCUGCUGAUCUCUGGGUAUUCUCCUCCGAACUCCCCUCCAGCGACCUCUCCGGCCACUCCUACUACACUUCCUCCGACUCCUCAACCUUCCAGUCCCUCUCGGGCUACACCUGGGAUAUUUCCUAUGCAGACGGCUCCGGCGCCUCUGGCAACGUCGGCACCGACACCGUCGUCAUCGGCGGCACCACCGUAGAAGGCCAAGCCGUCGAGCUCGCCGAGAAAGUCUCCUCGACCUUCGUCUCGGACGCCGCCGACGGCCUCGUCGGCCUCGCCUUCUCCUCCAUCAACACCGUGUCCCCCACCCCGCAAUCCACCUUCUUCGAAAACGCACAAUCGUCCCUCGACUCCCCGCUCUUCGCCGCCUACCUCCCCAAUAACGCCGACGGCGCCUACGAUUUCGGAUACACGGACGAUUCAAAAUACUCAGGCGACAUCACAUACACAGACGUCGACUCCUCCAACGGCUUCUGGGAGUACCCCUCCACGUCCUACAAAGUCGGCUCAACAACCCACUCCCAAUCAGGCUACACCGGCAUCUCCGACACCGGCACCACGCUCAUCCUGAUGGGCGACUCAGCCGUCACAGCCUACUACGACCAAGUCUCCGGCUCAUCCUACGAUUCCUCGCAAGGCGGCUACGUGUUCGACUGCUCAGCCGACUUGCCCACAUUGAGUAUCUCGAUCGGAGGCAACUAUGCCACGAUCCCGGCCAGCUUGCUGAAUUUCGGGACGGCGAGCGGGAGUUCUUGUUUUGGGAGCCUGCAGAGUGUGGGGAGUGGGACGCAGAAUAUUUAUGGGGAUGUGUUUUUUAAUGCGUUUUAUGGGGUUUUUGAUGCGAGUGGGCCGAGUUUUGGGUUUGCUACUGUUGCGUAGAGGAUUCAGGCUGGGGUAGGGAGGGGGAAAAGGGUGUGUGCGUGGAAUCAACAGGUGGGAGGCAUUCUCUUGGGACUGGCGGGUAGGAA